UCCCUGCCUUCUCGUGGUCGAUUGAGGCUCCCCCUCGUUCAUCACAAGAGCAAUCAAGUCUUCACCUUUCUUGAAUGAUCAGAAGCACGAAGUUGGGUUAGAAGUUGGGUUCAGGCGCUGGGACUUUCUGAUUUGGCUGAAAGAUGGAGGCGGUGAAUUUGCUUCCCGCUCUCUCUUCUUCCUCCCGCUGUUCUCCUCCGUCUCCGCGCCUGAGGCGAGGCGGACUCUGCUCCUCCGCUUCUUCUUGGCCGCGACCCCGGGGACCCAGUUGGAAUCGCGCCGCGGUGAGGGCCAUCAGGGAGAAGACGAAGGAAGCCCGAGACCCGUCUCCGCCGCCUGCGUCGGCGGAUGAGGCCACCAAGAAGUACGGCCUCGAAGCUGGUCUCUGGCAGAUAUUCAGUUCAAAAGAGGAACGAAAGGGAGGUACUGCGGAGAAGUCAAAGACAGAUCAAGCCAAGAAACUCCUUGCAAAAUACGGGGGAGCAUACCUAGCUACCUCCAUUACUCUUUCCUUGAUCUCAUUCUCGCUUUGUUACGCCCUCAUCGGCGCCGGCAUCGACGUACAAGCUCUGUUGCAGAAGGUGGGAAUUUCGGUGGAUGCGACCGGAGAGAAGGUUGGAACCUUUGCUUUGGCGUACGCCGCGCACAAAGCCGCUUCCCCAAUCCGGUUUCCUCCGACAGUGGCCCUCACUCCCAUAGUUGCCGGUUGGAUCGGGAAGAAAGUAGUUGAUAAGGAGAAGUGAUUUGCACAUUGAUUCCCAUGGUUCUGUAUCAUUACAUGUGAUAGCUGUAGAACAUACUUUUUGACAUCUCUCUCGGCACAAAUUAUGGCUCAUCGUAUUACAAUACCUUUUCAAUA